AUGAUGAUGGUGGUGUCACGUCAACUCAUCCUAAUAUGUCUCGUCCUUGUUGUCGCUGAAAUAACCAAUGGCUUUACCUUACUGUGUCGUAACAAAAGGCCACGGAUUGUUUGCUCUCCUCACAAGCAGCCACAACUCCAAAUCCUUCCAAAGUCAACACAAUCGUUGGCUGAUUGCUCGUCAAUAAGUAUACAAGUAAAGGCUGCACACUUCAAUGGGGAUGACGAAGUUUCACCUCCAGAUGGAAAGGCUGUCGCCGCAUUGGGAAUAUUAAGUGCCCUAACUUGGAUAAUCAUCUCCGUGACGGCACUCUCCUACCACCCAGACCCAAAGUUUGCCAACUGCACCAUGCGUCACAACAUUUUGACCAUGUCACAGGCCUUUGCAUUUCCGCUUCCAGUAGGAUUUGCAUCAGUAUCAGUGUCAUCAUCGUCCGAAUUUUCUUCUCUGGCACGGCCAAUGCGCUUGGCAUUUGCAGUUGCAUCCCUAUGGCUUGCUGGAGCCAGUCUUUUGGCUCCAAGGUUUGCCUUUGGAUUCGAUCUAUACUCGCCACGACUCAAGGUAGCAGCAGGUUUGGUACAUCUUGCUACGGCAGCAGCCUCGCUGAAGUCUUGGACAAGAACGGCAACUACUCAGCAACAAGAACAAUCAUUGCCUCCAGAUUACAAACCAAAGGCUAGUUUGGCUUCUCGAUUGUGGGGAAUGUCUUCCUUGGGACUAUUUUGGUUUACAAUCUGCCCGAUAUUUGCACCCUAUCCAUUGGCAACCUUCCCUACCAUUUUGGGGAAACGAUUGUCGCGACCAGCUUCCGCCUUUACCUUGCUUGGUGCAGCACUGGCUUUUUGCUUGAGACAAUCGGAACUCAAGGGUACUAACAUGUCGAGGCAGGUGUCCAUUGCGCGGAAGUGUUUGCUCGUGGGAUCAAGCUUGCAUUUGUUAUUGAUUGCACUGAAAUUGAUUGGAGUGGAUGGAGGAGGCUUCCUUCUUGCCGGAAAUGGCCUCUGGGAAGUAUACCCAGCAAUGCUGGCCGUCCCAUUUGCUACCGCUUCAUCAUUAUUGAUACAUGUGCUAGUUUGCAUCGCUGCAACAAGGUAG